UUUUUCCUCAGAAAGCACAAUUUAGCCCACAAGGAUGGCUUCUCGUAAAAAGGUGCUUCUGAAGGUGAUCAUUCUCGGAGAUUCUGGAGUUGGGAAGACUUCUUUGAUGAAUCAAUAUGUCAAUAAGAAGUUCAGCAAUCAGUAUAAAGCCACCAUCGGUGCAGACUUUCUUACCAAGGAGGUGAUGGUGGAUGACAGACUGGUGACAAUGCAGAUCUGGGACACGGCAGGACAGGAGCGUUUCCAGUCUUUGGGUGUGGCUUUUUACCGCGGAGCAGACUGCUGCGUGCUGGUGUAUGACGUGACCGCACCGAACACCUUCAAAACCCUGGACAGCUGGAGGGACGAGUUCCUCAUUCAGGCCAGCCCUCGAGACCCGGAGAACUUCCCCUUUGUAGUGCUCGGCAACAAAAUCGACUUGGAGAACAGACAGGUGACAACGAAACGAGCCCAGGCGUGGUGUCAGAGCAAAAGCAAUAUCCCGUACUUUGAGACCAGUGCAAAAGAGGCCAUCAACGUGGACCAAGCUUUCCAAACGAUCGCUCGCAACGCCCUCAAACAGGAGUCUGAGGUGGAGACGUACGACUUCCCGGACCAGAUUAAACUGAGAGAUGACAGACCCGUGUCCUCUGGUGACGGCUGCAGCUGCUGAGAUGGGACGCUUGGAGACAGAGGGGACCAGAGGGGCAGAGGAGAGCCAGCGCGGGGCAGACCGAUCCCAAUGUGCAAAACAUCCAGCAUUCAGAAGAAAACACUUUCUUUCCAAACUUGUAUGUAAAGAACUGUUAGGAAUUUAAAGAAACUCCCUGCUACAGCAUCACUUUUAAUAUAACUACCUUUAAGGAUAUUAUUUCUGUGAGAAAGAGAUGAAACAUGAUAGUUAUUUCUAUUAUUUACAAGUGAUUUUUCUUUUUGCUGCUUGUUUUGUUAAUUCCUUCAUCCAUGCAGAUUAUAGUCUUUCAGACUCGUCUCCUGCUUAUAUGUCUGUCUGUGCCUUUUACUUUUUUUUUAGGAUGUAGAAGCAGUCAUACUUCCUUGGAAAUCCUUUAUUUUGCCAAACUUCAUCGAUUCUUUAUCUAAAAACUACACACACACUCAGAAUAAACAGCCUAACAUGUCACAAUAUCAAAUCUUCAGCAGAAUUUAAGAGCUGCCAAAGCUA